AUGCCAUUGAGCGAAAUGCAGUCAGCGCACAUGGGUGUGCUUUCCCACGGUUACCACGGCGGAGGUGGGGUAUCGUGCUUCGAAGUUGUUAGUCGGCUCUGGGACCAUCGACCAGGCCGUGAACAACCACAGAAAGAUAGGAGGGCCAAACGUGUGGAGCACAAACGACUGAAGAGGGAAGCACGUCGACAGCAAGAAGAGGAAACAGAGCAACGCCAUAAAGAGGCAGGAAAAGAAAGCCUUGUCCGAGGGAAGGAACGUCAUGCUCGUCUGCACGCACGCCAGGCUUUGCAGCAAGCAGAACAGCAACAUACUUUCACUGAUGACAGCGCGCGGCUUACCUUCCUGGAACAUGCAUAUGCUGCAGCGAUGGAAUCCUUCACCUCUCACGACGAUAUCGAAACCCCACAUAAUCGCAGCAACGCUUCGUUCAAGCAGCUCACGCCCGCUGCAUCGGAUCCGAACGAGGAUCUGCCACUAUAUCGUGAGGUCUUCCAUCCGCCACCAUACUGGCAUCACUGUCAGCCAGCUCUUGCAUUGCAUCGACCAACUGUGUGCGAGCAAGGCGAUCUGAUCUGGCUGUAUGAUGGCGGUACGUGGCAGGUUGCGAGGGUGCUCUGA